AUGUAUCAUAUAUUCUCAUCGAAAAUAACAAAGUCGAUUGGGGAUCAUAGUCAUAGUCAUAGUAGUCAUCAUCACCAUAGCAGUCAUCAUCAUAGUAGUCAUGGACAAGAUGAAAAGAAAAGAUUCAAUGGAAAGAUAUUAUUCAUUGUUGUUUUAGGUUUAAUCUUUCAUUCAGUAUUUGCCAUUUCAAUCUUUGAUAUUUAUUUUAGAAGUCCACUUGUACAUGGUAUGACUCCUCACAAGGUUGAUCUACCUGCUCCUGCUCAAAGACUUGUAUUGUUUGUUGCUGAUGGUCUAAGAGCAGAUAAAUUUUAUGAAAUGGUUGACCAACCAACAGAUCUUGGGAAAAAGGUAUCAAGAGCACCAUAUAUGAGAGAUAUUGUCGAGAAUGUUGGUAGUUGGGGUGUGUCACAUACAAGAGUGCCAACUGAAACGCGUCCAGGACACGUUGCACUCAUUGCUGGCUUCUACGAAGACGUCAGUGCCGUCACCAAGGGUUGGAAGUCUAACCCAGUCGAGUUUGACCAUGUGUUUAACCAAUCUACCUUUUCAUUUGGCUAUGGCAGUCCAGACAUUCUCCCCAUGUUUUCAGAUCACGUUCCACAUAUGACAUCAGAAUCUUAUCCUCCUGAAGCUGAAGAUUUUGGUCAUUCAGAUGCAUCAUUUUUAGAUACAUGGGUAUUCCAAAAAAUAGAAGAAUUAUUUAGUAAUAGUACAAAAGAUGUAGAAUUGAAAAAGAAAUUACAAAAUGAUAAAUUGAUUAUCUUUUUACAUUUAUUGGGAUUAGAUACCAAUGGACAUGCAUAUCGUCCCUAUUCGCAAGAGUAUUAUAACAAUAUUGGUAUUGUCGAUCGUGGUAUUAAAAAGACGGUUCAAUUGAUCAAUGACUAUUAUGGCGAUGACAAGACUGCCUAUGUGUUUACUGCCGAUCAUGGUAUGAGCAAUAGGGGUAGUCAUGGUGACGGAGAACGAGCCAACACAGAGACCCCACUCGUCGCUUGGGGUGCUGGUGUCAGAGGUCCACUCUCAUCGUCUUUGCAAAUGGACAGAGUCACCAAACUCAGAGGAAAGGCACGUGAAGUUCUCAAUGUCAACAAUGAGACACCCGAAAAUUGGAAACUCCACAAUCUAUUGAGAUCCGAUGUCUCACAAGCCGACAUUGCUCCUCUCAUGUCUACUUUGAUCGGUGUCCCAUGUCCAUUGAAUUCAGUCGGUGUUUUACCAACCGAUUAUCUCUCUACCGAUGGCAAAUAUACUACACAUGCACUUUACGCAAACACAAUGCAAAUUUGGGAAAUGUUUAAAUUAAAAUCAACACAAAAAAAAGAAAAUAGUUAUUUCUAUAGACAAUAUUCAGGAUUGGUUGGUGCAGAUAAAAUCAUUGGACAAAUUAAUACUUAUAUGGAGAAUGCAUUGUAUGAUGAUGCACAAGUACUAUGUCUUGAAUUUAUCGAUCUUUGUUUAGCAGGUUUAAAUUAUUUCCAAACCUAUGACAGACCAUUCUUAAUGACCAUCAUUACUUUGGGUUAUAUUGGUUGGAUCAUUACUCUUUGUUUAUACGUUGUCAAUAAUUAUACUACCGUUGGUUUUAAAUGUGACAAGGAUAAAGUUGAAAAUUUAAUUCCUUCCAUUGAUAAAUUAUCAAAUUAUUUAAUAAUAACAAUGACAGUAUUAUUAUUUGGAUUUUUACUUUCAAAUGAUUCUCCAGUACUUUACUAUUUGUAUUGUUCAUUUGUUAUUUUCUUUUGGGGUAAAACCAUUCCAGCCAAUGUUUUACCAUUCUAUCUCUAUUUGCAAUCUUACAUGUCAGGCAAUGGUAGUAGCAUCAGCAACAGAGGAACAACAGUUGGACAAUCGUCAUCGUCAUCAUUUAUUGAUUAUUUAAAGAUUGCAGUAUUUGUAGUUAUUUUUAUGGAACUUUUAGUUGUAGCCUAUUUUGACAGACGUGUACUCAGUGUAUUGUACGUUGUAGUUGGAUUGAUGUGGUCUGUUGGAUCGAGCUCUAAACACAUUGCAGCCCCUGUCAAGCUUUGUUGGCUCCUUUCUUGCCUUUCGAUGGCCAUCUUCCCCAAUAUCGGUCUCGACUAUGGUAAUGACACACGUUUGGUUUGUCUUGGUGGUAUUUUAAUCUUUGCCAUUGGUUCAUUCACCAUUUACUAUGUCAACAACCGUACCAACUGGGCUACCACCGUACCAUCAUCGACAAGCGGUAAAUCAAAGUACAUCCAAGGUGCACUCUUGGUUUCCAUCUUGUUUGCCACCUGGUUGGUAUUCAGUACCGACAGUGCAUUGGAGAAAAAGAUUGGUCUUCCCUACUUUAACCAAUUGGCCUCUUGGGUCAUGCUCGUAGCCAGUGCCUUUUUAUUGUCACCAUUAAAAGGAAAGCAUCACUACCAACACUGGGUAUACAUGUCACUUGCCUUGUCCAUCCCCUUUAUCCUACUCAGUAUCAACUAUGAACCACUCUUUUUCGGAUGCUUUAUAUUUAAUCUUUCACUUUGGAUGUUUAUCGAAGUUGGUACCGAAGAAAAAGAAAGUAAUACACAACAACAACAAAAUCAAGACAAUGUAACAAGUUUUAUUACUCAAAAUGAUAUUACUAGAUCAAUUAUUUAUGUAUGUCUAAAAAGAAAAAUAUUCUUUUGUUAUGUUGGAUUCUUUGGAGUUGGAAAUAUUGCAAGUAUUAGUUCAUUUGAAAUUUCGUCAACUUAUAGAUUCACUACUAUAUUUGAUCCAUUCCUCAUGGCUGCAUUGUUGUUGUGGAAGAUUUUCAUUCCUCUCUUGCUCGUGUCGAUUAGUUAUUCACUCUUGAACAACCGUCUCCAUAUUCCACGUCCAGCCAGUUUCCUCAUUGUCAUUGCCAUCUCUGACAUUAUGAGUAUCAACUUUUUCUUCCUUGUCAAGGAUACUGGUAGUUGGUUGGAUAUUGGUAUGUCAAUCAGUCACUUUGCCAUUUCAAAUGCCAUCAUUAUCCUCCAACUUUUAUUAUCUGGUGUUUCAAGUGCUAUCGUUCCAACUUCUUUCAAAUUAAAAAUGAAACAAUAA